AUCCACGCGCAGCUGGACAAGAUCCACCGCAUGUCCGACACGAUCCUCGGCCUCACAGACAAGAUGCACAGCCUCACGCACAAUAUCCACAGCUUCACAGACAGAAUUCACAGCUUCACAGACAAGAUCCACAGCUUCACAGACAAGAUCCACGGGAUGCUAGACACGAUCCUCUGCCUCAUGAGUCACAUCGUGAACAUGCCGCACCAG